UUGCUCGGUGGCGGGAAAGCGGCGGCUGCAGCGCGUCUUCCCGGACGCUGAGGGGCAGGAGGCGGCGGCGAGUCCCGUGGUGGCCGCGGGCUCCACCAUGGACGCGGCCGAGGUGGAGUUUCUGGCCGAGAAGGAGCUGGUCACCAUUAUCCCGAACUUCAGUUUGGACAAGAUCUACCUCAUCGGGGGCGACUUGGGGCCUUUCAACCCCGGCCUACCAGUGCAGGUGCCUCUGUGGCUGGCCAUCAACCUGAAACAGAGACAGAAGUGUCGGCUGCUCCCCCCCGAGUGGAUGGAUGUGGAAAAGUUGGAGAAGAUUCGGGACCAUGAACGAAAGGAAGGAACUUUUACCCCUAUGCCCAGCCUUUACUACAUGGAGCUCACCAAACUCUUGUUAAAUCAUGCUUCAGACAACAUCCCGAAAGCCGAUGAGAUCCGGACCCUGAUCAAGGACGUGUGGGACACUCGCACGGCCAAGCUCCGGGUGUCUGCUGACAGCUUUGUGAGACAGCAGGAGGCACACGCCAAGCUGGAUAACUUGACCUUGAUGGAGAUCAACACCAGCGGGGCUUUCCUCACACAAGCGCUCAAUCACAUGUACAAGCUCCGCACGAACCUGCAGCCUUCUGACAGCGCCCAGUCUCAGGACUUGUAGGCAGAGGCUGGUUUGCAGAGGCCCGUGUCUGCCGGCAGGAGGCUCACUGGGGGGCCUGAGUGCUCGGGAGUGACAGAGGUACUCACAUUUCCAGAGUUCUAGAACCGCUUCUGAAUGUGUGCAAAAAAGUGCAGUGAAGCAGGGGGUGGGUUUAUAACCUUGUUGGAAAGCAACAGGCUCGUGCUUAGUCCUCGAGACAUUCUGUAAUUCCGCGUCUGUGUCUGGGAGCCAGCUGUCCUUUCAUGGUGAAAUGAGAAAAGCAUUGGCAGAACGAAUGAUUUCCCUAGCAGAGCUGUGGGUCUCCUGCACGGGACUACGGGACUGUCGUGUGCAGGUUGAGUGUUCGGUGAUGUCCGGUGUUGCUUUUAAGAUGGAGAAAUGGCAGGAUGGUAACGUGGCCGUGGUCAUUUUUCUCCCUUCUUGACCCUGAUCUCUUGGGCUAAAUUUAGAGUCUGCUACAGAGGCUAUUCACACGGAGGACAGCAGAUGAGUGGCGAGUGACAGCCACCCGUAAUCUAAGCCCUGAUACACAAUAAAGAUGAAAUCAACCCAAAUCUCUGUUGGGUUUUUUUCCUGCAUAACUGCCACGCAAAGGAGCAGGCCAAGUGGCUAGAAUGAUCUGAUGGACCAAACUUGAGAGGUUUAGCAGGCAAUUGUGAACUUCUGACCGACACUCUGGGUGUCUCUUGUUCUCUUGGCUGCUUCUGGGUAAGGCCCUAAAGCGUUGCUUAUCAGCAAGAGGAAAGUCAGGGGAAAAUCAAUUCCGUGUUAUCGAGUGUGUGAGUGAAGCUGGAGACACGAUGCCAGGGGGACGAGUGGGGCCUAUGAC